AUCCAAUAUAGUAUAAAAAAAAAAAAAAAAAAAAUCAAAUAUAGUAUAGGGUAAACGUAAGUGCAAUCUUUGCAUUACAACUAUACAUUUACUAUAGAUAUUUAUUUAUUUUUUAUAUACAAUCUCGUGCCCCUCGUCUCCCAAGCUAAAACCGCAGCUCAACUUGGGAGAAACUCCAUCAAACAUAUGCUCUUCCUUCCCGUGGCCACAUAAAACAACUCCGUGACAAGUUCCACCGUAUUAUUAAAGGCACAUCCUCCAUCUCUGAUUAUAUGCGCUCCCUUAAGGAAUGCGCAGAUCAUCUAGCUGCUCUAGAGAAAUCCGUUGAUCACGAGGAUUUUAUAGACCGUGUCCUCGCUGGUCUAGAUGACUCAUACAAAUCCAUUGUUGACUCUGUCAAUGGCAGAGACACACCAAUUUCCUUUGAUGAGCUUCACGAAAAGCUCAUCAACAAGAAGCUCUCGAUUUUACAAAUCAAACAACCACUGCCUCCUCUUUUCCCGCAACUGCAUUUGCUGUCUACACCAAACCUCACCAUCGUACUCCCUCCAAGCAAUCCUCCCCAGGUCUCCUUCCCACCCCUCCUUCAUCUCACGCAAAAUCCCCUCACCUAUUUCCUUGGUAAAUGCCAAUGGUGUCGUGAACAAGGCCACGUUGUGGCUUGUUGCCCACUCUUCACUCAUCAAUUCCCGACUGCCUCCCCUCCUCCUCCACGCUCCUCCUCCGCGCAGUCCCCUCCCACCUCCUCUCAACCGCAAGCCAACCAUGCUCACCUCUCCUUGCCCUCUUCCUCCUCCACUCCAUGGUUAUUGGAUAGUGGGGCAUCUCACCAUGUCACCAAUGAUCUUAACAAUCUAUCCCUCCAUGCUCCUUAUGAUGGAACCGAGGAGUUAUUAGUUGGUAAUGGACCUUUCAACGGCGAAAGUGUUGUUUCAAGGGACAACUAGCCACGACAUAUAUGAGCUUCCACCUUCUCCUCCGGAUCCUUCAGUCUACACAAGCACAACUUCAUCUUCCAUUGAUUGGCAUCAUCGUCUAGGUCAUCCUUCUAGGAAUGUUUUUCAGCAAAUUAUUUCAGAAAAUAAGUUAAAUGUCUCUAAUAUUUCCACCUUAGAUUGUAAUUCAUGUGCUUGUAAUAAAAGUCACAAGCUUCCUUUCUCUAUCUAGUCUAUUAAAUCUACUGCUCCCCUUGAAUAUGUUUACACUGAUUUAUGGACCUCACCAGUUUAUUCCCAUGAUAAUUACAAAUACUAUCUUAUCUUUGUUGAUCACUACUCCAAA